AGAUGGCGGCGGCUCUGGGGUGACCCCAGCCGCGGGGUGGCGGCGCCAUGGCGAAGAAUAAGAAUGCAGGCCAUAAAGGGUCCUAUGGCUACCAGAAGCUGAAAGAAAGGCUUCUCUAUGAUGCUCAUCACUAUAGUAUAUAAACACCUUGUCUAUAUUAAUGAAUGUAUCUUCACAACACUUCUGUGAGAUAGGGAAGUAUUAUCAUCAUUAUUGUACAGAUGGGGAGCCUGAGGCACAAGAGACUAAAGAACCAAGAGCUUGCAUCCGAUUCAAAUGUGCGCUCACAAACACCAUCUUAGAUAUCCUGCGUCGGAGACCAGGAUGGGUUGAAGUAAAAGAGGAAGGUGAGUGGGAUUUUUACUGGUGUGAUGUCAGCUGGCUUCGGGAGAAUUUUGACCAUACCUACAUGGAUGAACAUGUUCGCAUAUGCCACUUCCGGAACCACUACGAGCUGACUCGUAAGAAUUACAUAGUGAAGAACCUGAAGAGGUUUCGGAAGCAGAUAGAGAGGGAGGCAGGAAAGCUGGAGGCAACAAAAUGUGACUUUUUCCCCAAGACCUUUGAGAUGCCAUCAGAGUACCACUUGUUUGUGGAAGAAUUUCGCAAGAAUCCUGGCAUCACCUGGAUUAUGAAACCAGUUGCCAGGUCACAAGGGAGAGGCAUUUUUCUGUUCCGAAAACUCAAGGAUGUCAUUGACUGGAGGAAGGAUGGAGUCCGUACAGAUGAUCAGAAAGAUGAAACUCAAGUAGAGAAUUAUGUAGCUCAGUGCUAUAUUGAAAACCCAUAUUUAAUAGGCGGUCGAAAGUUUGACUUGAGAGUUUAUGUUCUAGUGAUGUCUUACAUCCCGUUGAAGGCCUGGUUAUACCGGGACGGCUUUGCUCGCUUCUCCAACACACGCUUCACUCUAAGUAGCAUAGAUGAUCAUUAUGUGCAUCUCACCAAUGUGGCAGUGCAGAAGACUGCACCUGACUAUGAUCCAGAGAAGGGCUGCAAGUGGAUGAUUCAGCGGUUCCGACAGUACCUGACUGCCAAGCAUGGGGCAGAAGUGGUGGAGACUCUUUUUGCAGAAAUGGACAACAUUUUCAUCAAGAGUCUACAGAGUGUUCAGAAAGUGAUCAUCAGCGACAAACACUGUUUUGAACUGUAUGGAUACGACAUCCUGAUAGACCAGGAUCUCAAGCCCUGGCUUCUUGAGGUUAAUGCUUCUCCCUCCCUCACUGCUAGUAGUCAGGAGGACUAUGAGCUCAAGUGUCGCCUUCUCAAGGACACUUUGCAUAUUGUGGACAUGGAGGGCAGGCUGACAGGGAAGGAGAAGCGUAUUGGGGGCUUUGACCUGAUGUGGAAUGAUGGUCCAGUCAGUAGAGCAGAAGGGAAUGUGGAUACACCAGUAAACGGAAGCUUCAUGGCAAACACACAUUUAGGCUACAACAAUGACAGGAAAAAACAGCUGAAGCAGCUCUUCAAACCUCUUCAUACCCAGCAGAAAGUUUAAUGCUGAUCCAGAGCAUGAGGCAAGAGAAGUCACUGAGGACUGAGCUCUUUCACUCCCUCUU